AAGACCAACUACAGGGAACUCACAGUAAUCUAGAAAUGCAUUAUCAUGCGCUGUCUGUUGUCCCCUCGGAGCCUGGUGGUGUCAGAAAUGUGAUCCAAUGUUAUCGGCCUCGUCUUCUGAGCGAAAGAAAGCGAUGGUGUGAGUACGCCCCUUUUCAGAUUUCUACCUCGACAUCGACAAACUGUCGCACUUGCAUCGUCUGCGAGUACGAGGGUCACGCAGGCUCCGAUCUGAUCACCGACUUUCUAUACAUCUUUGAAAAAUCGGUAGAUUGCGGAUGCAAAGCAGUAAUUCAGGUUUUGUCACCAUACCAAAGCAAAUAAUUUUGCAAGAGCAGCCUCAAUGAGGAAGGAAAGGAACAGUGCACCGUUGCAGCCCCUCACUUUACAUCGUAUGUAAUUCAUGGAAUAAUAUCGCUGUGAGGUACAAAGGUUAAUACUCAUACAGCCAACAAAAUAGUUUGGUUUCGGCAACACAUUAUCUGUGUAAGCACAUCAGCCAUGUCAUCCUCAACUAACACCACCUUCGGUAAUGUCUUCAAUGGUACUUUCGCAACUCGACUAUCAGACCCCUUCGAACCACAGGACGGAGCCAGGUUCAUAAAUGCUCUCGUCACAAGCAUCUUAGUAGUAGAUUCUUUGCUAGCAGUCCUCAUCAUCUCCACGAACCUCGUGCUGCUUGUCGUUCUUCUGUCGAAGCCGUCAUUCAGGAGUUGCCUACGAAACCGUCUGUUGGUCAGUUUGGUGGUCUCAAACCUUAUCGUCGGUCUCCUGGGCUGUCCAGUAAGCGCGGACUUCGCCAGGACACGUCGGUGGGUGCACUCCUGUUCUUACCACAUAAUCCACACUGCUCUGACAAAGUACGUUCAAAAUUUCGUGGUCGUGUGGGGGAUGAUCCUGCUGCUCGUCAACUACCUCUGCCGCCUGAAAUCUUAUACCGGUCCAGCCGUCCUGCUGCGCCUCCCCCCACGCGUGCAAACAUGCGUUACCAUCCUCUUCGUACUUUUACCUUGGAUCAUCGCGAUCUCGUUGACGGGGGCAAUGACGGGAAUCGGACUUCACCGCUUGGUUCUGAAGAGUUGGAAUAACAAUUGGUGUCCAAUUUUUCUGGAGCCAUGGGCCACGGUCACCAUGUCAGUCAUCAUUUUUGCACUGCCUGCCAUUCUCCUCGUCGUCGUCCUCGCUGUCGUCCUCGUCGUGUACAGACGGCAGACGUUAACCCGCAGCGCGAGCGGAACGAUCCUGGGAGACGCCGAGACGAGAAAUGACCUGGACGACAGGAGUCCUGUUCCUGAAAGACCCUGGGUGCAUGUGGCUGCAGCAUUAUUGUGCAUAAUUAUGAUGGCUGGCGAGGAAAUAGGGAAGUACGCGCUGAAAUAUUCUUCGGGCUCGUGGCAGAGAAGUGUGGCUAUCUUCGAAGCGAUGUCGUCCUUGGCUGAUCUUCUCACCUUUGUCCUUGCCCUUCUGUGGUUGCUGGCUCUGAAGGACGUGCGAGCCCGAGCACUCGAGAUUUUGGCCAUGGUUCCCGUCAUGCAUUGCAGGGUCAACACCUCCAGAGAGUCCUCCCCAGCUAACACAACUUCAGUGACAUUCAAAACUUUGCGUGAAGAGGAUUAAAAUGUACAGACAAUACUGUGCAAAUAAUAUGGAGUAAUCGCAUAAUGUUGUAUCCCCGCGUGACUAUAUUAACAUUUGUUUGAUUUAUUCACUUUGUGUUACCUGUGAUUCCGUAGGAUGUGAUUUGAGUGUCUUGGUUUAAAUACUUACACAUAUAGACAUGCUAUCAUCACCCAGGUUUAUUCUACAUUUUGUCAAAUGUGGGAUAUGAACACAUGUCCACAUUACUGGACGGGAAAGUAAAGGUUAGAGACCAGAAGAUUCUGUAAUAUAUAGUACACUUCACAGAUUCACCACGUUCACAUCACGUUGGGAUUGUUUGUGAAAGCUGUAUGAGAGUUUUAUGCAGUCACAUUUUCCCUUAUUUUAUCAGUUAUUUUGAUAUACCGUCUUAUCUUAAUGUCACACUUCGUAGAUUUAAUCAUUGACUAAUAGUUACUGCUUUUUACCUUAAGCUGGAAUAGUGUACAAACAUGAUAUCACAAAAAAUCGUGUGCUCGUCGUUCGCCAUAUUGAAUGUCAAAGCAAAGGCUAAGAAAGAGAAGAUGACUGAACAGUUCCCGUGUAUUUGCUACCUUUUCAAGGAAAAUGCUAGAUGGUGGUUAUUUCUAGAGUUAUUACAAACUGUACCACAGAAAGACAAGAAGUUUAAAAUUAAACAUUCUUGUUUCUCAAGUCUUCUUCAAGGGCAUCUCGUCCAUGGUGUGACUGACCUUGUAAAUAGGUGAAAAAGAUUAAUUUGGUUUUAAAAAUCACCUUCCACAAAGGCUUUCCUAUUCAAUUUACAAAAAGAAAAUGUCGACAUGUAAAAUUUAAAUCAUAGUAUACCAUAGAUUCCGGUAAAACAACCUCAUGCUGCUUGUUUUUGAAGCAAAUAGUUUCAACUGAAUGUGAUGUUUGUUAUAGUAUAUAUCUGUAUAAAAACAUUUAUUUACCUCCUGUCCAUUUCAACAGUUGCCCACCGAACGACAAAUGAUGUCAUAUUUGUUAAGGAAGACAAGAAGAACAAAAAAAAAAAAA